AUGGCAAACGUACACGGCCUCUUCAGCGGCGACGACAAUAAGGAAGACGAGGAAGAAGAUAACACCAACAACCGCUAUGUGGGUGGCAUAGGUGCCCGAGGAGGGGGAAGCGGGUUGGCCGUGGAACCCAACCAUGACGAAGAAGCCGAUCCUCGUGAUUCGGUCUUUUCGCAGGCAGAAAAUGUCGGACCGGGUGGAGCAGGAGAGGAAGUGCGUCGGACCAUCACCAUGUACCGCAACGGUUUCAUUGUCGACGACGGUCCAUAUCGCCGUUUGGACGAUCCGGCCAAUGCCGAAUUUCUGCGUUCGCUAGCACAAGGCGUGACGCCUCGUGAAUUGUUGAGCGAAGGAGACGUCACCGUCGGUCUCAUUGACAAACGCAGCGAAGAGUACAUUGAAAAAUUCCAGUCCUUUUCGGGAGCGGGUGCUAGUUUGGGAACCAAAACGACCGGGGAAGAAGGCGGCAGUGACACGGUAGAUCCAGCAACACUUCCGCCACAACCACCCGCCGUGGAUGCCAGUCAACCCACGACGUCCAUUCAGGUGCGAUUGCCCAAUGGAAAACGCAAAGUCGUCAAAAUCAAUCUGUCUUCCUCGGUCACGGAUCUCGCCGCUCAUUUGCGGGAUGUGGCAUCGGGACGAUUCCGACUCUUGGCUGGAUUCCCGCCGGCACCCAUUACGGAUUUGACCCAAUCUGUGGAGGCAGCUGGACUCAAGGGAGCUUCUGUGUCCAUGCAAGCGGCAUAG